AUGGACGCCUCAGCAUACUCAGCACUUCCCAGAGUAGUACUUGAUAAUGGCUCAGGAUACGUUAAAUUCGGACUGUCGUCGAACAAGAGGCCGCCGCACGUGGCGCCGAACUGUAUUGGCCACCCGAAGAAGAAGGCCAGCGCAUAUUACUCAGACUCGUACUCGUCCUCCAACGUGGACCAGGGAACGGGACACAGCACAAAUUCAGCAGCAGAUUCGGGAACGUUUGUGUCGGAAUACUGCUACACACUGUUGGAAUUCUUCUGUUACAGGCCGCAGGUGAACAGCCUGGUGUACGACGCGAAUAGGCAGAGGCAAGUCUGGGAUAGGUACAUAGGAAGGUCGAACCUGACGAACACAAACGGAGUGAUAUCGCCAGGAAACCUGCUCUCAGUAAACCCGGAAACCACCUCGAUUUGCGUAACGGAGCCGAAUUUGUGUCCAGCACAAUCAAGGCAGCUGUCAGCAGAGAUUCUGUUUGAGGACUUCGGGUUCCCAAUGGCAUGUUUCCUGUCCUCGCAAACAGCAAGCGCGUACUUUUAUGAGACGUUAAGGUCGAAGAGUAGAACAGGAUUCAGCUUAAAAUGCUACCCGAAAGAGCCGAGUCAGCAGACAAGUGAAAAUAUAUCAUGCUGCCUAGUGAUCGACUGCGGAUUCGGCUCCACUCACUCAGUGCCGUUUGUGAACGGAGAGCCCCUACAAAACGCAGCCCUGCGAACGGCAGUAGCAGGGUCGACAUGCAACUCGUACCUGAAAAACAUAACGGCGAUGAGGUCGGUGAAUUUGGAAUUCAACGAAUUGGUAGUACAGCACAUGAAGGAGGAGUCGUGCUACGUGUCAAGGGACUUCGACCUUGAGUUGAGAGCAGCGAAGAAGAUACAGAGCUUGUACGGGGCGCGCCUAGGCCACCAAUACAUGCUGCCAAUAUACACGUCGAGAUCGAAAACACACAUGCUGAAGCACUUCACGAACUAUCGCAAGACGAGGCCGCCACUCCUGAAUGAGCACAACGAAAAAUUCAUAAAAUUAGUGGCAGAUGGGAAAGUAAAGGACCCUGAGUAUAUAAAUAGUGUAAUAUCUGACCAAUACGUCAACGAAGGAUCAGGGAGUAAGGAGGAGAGUGGCAGCAGACAAGCUGAAGUGUUGAGCGGAGAAAAGGCAAGAGAGGGCCAGGAUCAAAGUCAGGAAGCUUACAACGAACAAGGCAACGUAGAUACGGACGACCAGUGCGUGAAUUUGUUCUCAGAACGAUUCUCAGUGCCAGAGAUACUUUUCAGCCCACAAGUAGAUAUUAAACUUAAGGAUUGUGGAAUCGUCGAUCUGGCCUACAGAAGCAUUUCACUGUGCCCGCCGGUAGUACAGCCGCUGCUAGCGAGAAACAUAUUUGUGUGCGGGGGAAGCACAAAAUACCACGGAUUCAUACACAGAUUUUAUAAGGAUUUAAGAUCACUAAUACCGCAGGCAUGGGACGUGGGAAUAUACUCAAUAGAAGACCCAUCAGUAGCGUCAUUUUAUGGAGCGAAGCACUGGACGAACAAUGACACACUCUUUCUGUCAAACGCAAUUACGAGAAACGCAUACUUGGAAAACGGAGGAAGUGUAAUAAAAAUAGACGAGCUUCUGAAUUAA